UUUAAGAGGACCAUUUCCUCCGCUGACUGGUCGUCGGAGCCAAAGCGGUUGUCCGACACAUCGUGACUUUCUUUUGUUUUGUUGUCUUCAGCAAGAGAUGUGGACAGCGUGAGUCGUGAGCUUUGUCAUCUCAAAGCGCAUGUUUAACAGCUAGCACCGAGCCUUUAAUCCCACUGAUGGAGCACCACUGAGCGACUGUGUGGCCUUUCCCCAUUCGAUGAGACCACCUGCUGGGUUUGAAGUUUCAAGCUCUGGCCGAUGGUGCAGCGGGAAUUGGAAAGAUGAACGGAAGGCUGCCUGUAGGGCAGCCAGCAGGUUGGCCAUGCUUGUUGUGAAUGGCCGAGGAAGAAGCUGAGCCUCGGUCCCUUUAAAUGCGCACGCCCCGCCCUCUCUCACGGAGCUCCGCCAGCCUCCUUAAGUGCUCAGAGCUCAGGCGGGGAACCAGAGCCGUACGUCGGGUCAUUCGUGAGAUGUAGUUGAACUCCAUCCAUGGACCAGGACGGCAACCCCUAAAACGGCCCUUGGUUUCCGUAUUUCUGUGUUUUUCGGUUCCUUUAUCCCAUUCUGGAGCUCGAAUGGACGUCGCUGAGCUGAAAGGGGGGGAGGAAGAAGCCUCAGCGUGUUUGAGCAGUCUGCCCGGAGCGGAGGGGAAUGUUGGAUCCGAGCGUGUCGGCUGAGUGGAAGUGGAGGUGGCGGCCAGGGGAUAAAAGUGAACUUCAGCUCCGCGAUUUCUCCUCAUUCUCUCCCCCCCACCACCAGCGUAAAGUCCCAUCGGUGGAUUCCCACACACCGAUUCCCCGAUGAGAAGCCCUCACCCGCUGGGAGGCUGCGCGAUGGUGACCGUGACGAUGAGUAAGAGCGCCGAGUGGCUGCAGGAAGAGCUGGAGUCCGGGGCCGCCGCGCUUCUGCUGCUCGACUGCCGGCCGCACGAACUCUACGAGUCGUCGCACGUCGAGGCGGCCAUCAACGUGGCCAUCCCUGGCCUCAUGCUGCGCAGGCUGAAGAAGGGCAACCUGCCCAUCCGCUCCAUCAUCCCCAACAAUGAGGAUAAGGAGAAGUUCGUCAAGCGCUGUAAAAGCGACGUGGUGCUGCUUUACGACGAGGCCGGCCCUGAGAGACUGGAGUCCGGGCUGGGAAGCUCUGUGCUCGGGCUGCUCCUGCAGAAGCUGCGGGAUGACGGAUGCAAGGCUUUCUACCUGGAAGGAGGUUUCAAUAAGUUCCAGUCCGAGUUCCCAGAACACUGCGAGACCAACUUGGACUGUUCGUGUCCCAGCAGCUCCCCGCCGUCGUCAGUCCUCGGGCUGGGAGGCCUCCGCAUCAGCUCCGACUGCUCGGACGGCGAAUCGGACCGCGAGCCGGUCAGCGCCACCGAGUCCGAGGGCAGCCCGCUGCCCAGCAACCAGCCGGCGUUCCCCGUCCAGAUCCUGCCGUAUUUGUACCUGGGCUGCGCCAAAGACUCAGCCAACCUGGACGUGCUCAGCAAGUACAACAUCAAGUACAUCCUCAACGUGACGCCCAACCUGCCCAACAUGUUUGAACACGAAGGGGACUUCAAGUACAAACAGAUCCCCAUUUCUGAUCACUGGAGCCAGAAUCUCUCACAGUUUUUCCCGGAGGCCAUUUCGUUCAUUGACGAGGCCCGCUCCAAAAAGUGCGGCAUCUUGGUGCACUGCCUGGCCGGCAUCAGCCGCUCGGUGACGGUAACGGUGGCCUACCUGAUGCAGAAGCUCAACCUGUCGCUCAACGACGCCUACGACUUUGUCAAGCGGAAGAAGUCCAACAUUUCCCCCAACUUCAACUUUAUGGGCCAGCUGCUGGACUUCGAGCGGACGCUGGGCCUCAACAGCCCGUGCGACAACCACGCCGCGUCACCCACCAACGAGCAACUCUUCUUCACCACGCCCACCAACCACAACGUUUUCCAGCUGGACACGCUGGAAUCCACGUGAGGUCCGCGCAGGCUUGCCAUCUUUUGGGUCGAGAUCAUCCCGUUACCGUGGUAACCACACGGCUGCGCUGGAGGGCGCUAGCAGCCGCUUAAAUGAAUGAUUUAGCUCCGGAAGCUCGAAGCGCGGGAAGUCGAGGUCGCGGACGACGCCUCAAAAGCGAGAAGUUUUUAAGAAAGCGGAGAACAGCUUUUAUCAAGCCAAGGAGACUUUUUCGUACAAAGAUUUUGGGGGAUGGGGGAACACGGAAAAUGUGCCGCACUUGUGAGGCGUCCGCUUCCUCACAACCGGAGAAUGUAGAGUCUUCGGAAAAUCUCUCUACGGAUGUCGAUUUCUUUUUUUUUUUUUGGAAAACCAAGGAAUUAACAAACACAAGUAGUUGUACUGUACGUGCUGUUUGUAUGUUAUAGCAGGAAGAAAUGUCUAUAUACAUUUUUUUUGUAUAUUUUUCUGUGCUUUUACGCACAAAUUGAGACUAUGUAUCGAUAUAAAUAUAUAUAUUACACGCAUCAUAAUAAUAAUGGUAUCUUUGUCCAAAAAACAGUGAGAUUGUACAAAAAAAAAAAGGAAAAAUGGGAAAGUCGUCUUUGAUGAUCCGAUGCAAUUUGCACAAUUGUGUAGCCAAUGGCUUGCUAGCACUGACAUGCAGCCACAAGAAAAACAAGGGUGGGUGGAAGAGGCCAGUCUUGAGAUGGUCCACUGAAAGCACCAAAGCUUAGUCUUCUCUUUGACUUUUGGCCAACUCUAGUUCGCAGUUAGCUAUAACCUUCCCAACGCCGUAUAACCAGAAACACUGGUUGUUUGUUUUGCAACUUCCUGCUCUAUGUCGUCGUGUCACAAGCGAGGCUUUGCCAAACCGGUUUCUCCGACGGCACUGACUUUUUGUACUUUGGAGUCGAAGAGAGCGGAAGGCAGCAGUUAGCUUAUCUUGACCAGCUUUUGGCAAAGUGCCUCCUUUCUUGAAUACGUACAACCCCCUUUCCACGUUUCAUGUUAAAGCCAGGUCUUACAUCGAGUUCGAUCCCGAAUGGAGGCGUUGUAUUAAAGCCGUAACAUGAGUCCCUUUAGAAUUAACAAAAGAUUGCCAGAAUAUGCCAUGGCAGGAGAAUGACGUUUUAACACAUGACGACUGCCCCUGCUCUAUUGGAUUAGACGCAAUUUAUACAUCAGGCAAUACUUGUAACAGAAAGGUCAUGUUACGGUUUGGGCGCGGCCAUUUUGUGGAAUCCGAGCAAAAGAGGCACCAAUAGUGUAUAGGUGGAAACUGCACCUAUUCAAUCUGAAUUUGGGCAUGGAACAGGCCCACUUGUUUUCAAAAAGUGUUUGUCUGAAUCACCCAUAAGCCUUGAGUAUAUAAUCUAUGGGAGAAAUAUUCAACCUAAUUGGAUAUAAAUGUACAUAUAAAAGUGUGAAUAGUCAACAGAUCUAUAUUGUUUUGUAUACCUGAGCAUGCUGCAGUGCUGUAUGACUCAGCCACUAGUUGGAUGUUGCUUUAAAAACGAAAGGAACGCCAAGAACUUUAUUGUUAGUUUACUAAAUGGAGGAUUUUUCCGAGAUUGAUGUAAACUCCCGCUGCCCCUUCAAGAUUGACACAACCGUUUUUUUUAGUAGCGUUUGCACAAGAAGGUACGCCGAACCUCACGCAAGGAUGUUGUUUUAUACCUUAUAUUUACCUCACAUGUGGUACAUGAAUGGCUUCAUCUUAGCAUAUUUAGCAAUGUUGUCUAAAUAGGCAGCUGCCAAAUCCGGGGGGGGGGGCAGAUUCUGUUAUUUUUAAAUGUAAAUCCUGGAAAAGAAAAUCUUUCUAUUCAUUCAAAUAGUUCAACUUUGACUUCAUGUAAUGCUCACGGAAAUGUGAUGCUAAUCCUCCCCCAAAAAGGCUAAUCUCUUGGCUGGAACAAAUGUUGCCCCGUCAAAUUCUGAUCUGAUAUUCAAUUAACCACAAUAAUAAGACUUGCGUGAGGUUCGGUGUCUUGAAUCAGAAACCAAACAAGUUGUGUUUAGCAGUCGGUUGUGAGCAAGGUUGGCAGAUGGCCUUACGAACUCUAUCUAUCUGUAUCUCUGACUGUUCAAAACUCUUUGUAUCUCAAUUUUUACAGGAACAGUUUGAAACUAAAAUGCAGUAUUUUUUUUUUUUUUUUACUGCCAAGGGUCACAUGUCUUUUUACCCUGCAAUAUACACCAGGAUUCUUUUUUAAAAAUACCUAAAAAUGUGUCCUUUUGUACUAUAUUAUUGGAAUUAUAGGAUGUUUUAUCGAUGUAUUUGCUCAAUGGCUGCCGCUUGCCCCAACUUGACUUUUUUUUUUAAUCAAAACCAAAAAUUUUCAAAAUGGCACUUAGUUAUAAUUAAUCCAAUGGGACAACUUAAUCUAGGCAAGAAUUUGCUGUGGAAAAAGGAUUUCAGCACUAUCAAACCAUAUUGCUAAAAACGUUGAUUGUUAAACUUUUGCCCAAACAAGAAAAUACAAUCCACUGGCCAUCAAGCUCAAUUUUCGUCUUGUUUGGUUUUAAUGUGCUCUAUGCUAUUCCUGUGGCCUUUUGAUGUUCAUAUAUACACUAUAUAUAUAGAUAUAUAGAUAUACACAUAUAUUGAAUAUGUUAUGACUUUAUAUGCAAAUGUUGUUCUACUAAAGCACUAGAGUGGAAAAUGAACCGUCUCCUCUAUCUCACCCCACAGAAAAAAAACCACUUAAGUGUUGAACUCUUUCAAUACGCAGCUUAGUUUUGUAAAAUUGUUGUAUUCCGAGCUUCUUUUCCUGUGUGUUAUUUCUUCCUUUUUUUAUAACAAUGAAAAAAAUAACUUUGUUUGGGGGGGGGGUUGAUGUACAUGUUGCCACAUCACGGGAACGGACGUUUCUGUGUCCUAAACAACUUGUAGCCACAGAUGGGUGUCAAUGUGCUCAGGACGGGAGGGACUAUUCAAUGAUAUACAUUAAUAGGGAAAAGCAAUUGAUUUAAAAAAAAAAAAAAAAGGUUACCUCAAUGAGGGAAUUUUCAGGGAUUUUUUGGGACAAUGUGUCUUUGCAUCGUGUCGCAUUGAAUGGCCCUUUUGUAUUGAAUGGUCUGAGUAUUGUGCUGUUUUUAACACAACAUGCAAGCUGUUUGGGCGAGGGAAGGACAGGAAGGGCACGUUGAAGGAAACACCAUUGGCCCUAUGUAUUGUACUGUACAGUAUUCAAACCACACCACACUUGUUUAUACUGUAAUAAAUAAUGACAUAUUUUUUCUUUA